AUGUGUGACAUACUCAAAGCUAAAGGUGGUCCAACGAAAUAUUAGUGUCUGACUUUUUUUGUGGACAAGCAGUGUAUUUGACACAUGAAGCAACAUUGUUGUACUGAUAUCUGUCAGAGGAGCUAUCUUUUUUAUGUUGUUUUUAAAUUAGAAAAGUUUCAUUAGGCCAGUCAUGUUUCCUCCAUUACCUGCUGCCGCUAUUGCUCACAGUGAGCUGUAGUGUUGUUUCUGCAUUGGGCAGGACACAUGGAGGUAAAGCAUGAGGCAGGCUGUUUGAACCUGAGGAAAUAUGCUGUAUUUUAGGACCAGCAGUGUGAGUGAGCUCCUGCUCUUCUUGUUCUCUGUGUAAAUGUUUUGUGUGAGACCGAAGUGCUGGUCUGUGUACCUUAUACAUGCAUGUGACUGUUAGCACAAUUCUAGUGAAGCAUAAAGACCACCAGUCAUGUUAUACUUCAGUUUUGAUAUUAAUUAUAACUGAUGAUUUGGAAAAAGAACAUUGUGUUGAAUCGCCUCCGAGAUAUUAUUGCUUACAUAUACAGAAUAAUUAUGCUGCAGCCAUGUACAACGUAUCAUAAGAUGUUUACUUCUGUGGCAAAAAUCAAUAGAGAUCUGUAUUCCACAUUCAGCACUGAGUUGUCUCCCAGUCACAGACUUUUGUUCUGCAGUGCUCUCGUAUAGCCAGUGGCAACCAACACCCACUUUGUUUCAGCACAGCCAUAAAAACAGCCUUUUGAUCAUCACAAGUAACGAGUGGUUUCUCUUUGAGAUGCUGGUGUGAACUGAUUGGCCUCAUUAUUGAAUUAAAGCAAAUGUUCUGCAGGUUUGAGGAGGAUGCUAGUUGAACAUUAAGUGUGCGAUAAUGACAGCCUGCUACAGUGCGCUUGAGGGAAACUUUCUUUUCUUUCCACAUUGUGCCGCUGUUAGUAACUUUAAGAAACAUGCUAUAUAUGAAUCUAUUUGGCUAAGCUUUAACUAGAAAGUUUACUGACCAUUUCAUGACACUUUAAAUAUGAUUAGGUGGAGAUGUGUUCCACAUGUGGGCUUGUUAUGAUGAAUUAAAAUGUUUUGUCUUCUCUCACUGUCAUAUAGUUUUUACAUAUUAGCAUGAUGGAGGUCUGUACUUACUGUGUCUGUACUGUGACGUACAGUAACUGCUAAGCAAUUUGAAAUGCCGUGUUAGCCACCCAAGCAUUUUAAUGCAUGACCAAAAAACAUUUGUAUUGCAGCUUUACCAAAUAGUAAUUGAAACCAAAGAAACCAAAAUGACUUUCUACAGCUGACUUGAUUUUCUCCCAUGGCUGGGAAUGCAUUAUGUUAUUAUCUUAACUUCGUCUUGGUCAGAGACCAAAGGAUCGCCGAGCUGUCCACAUUGCCUUCUUUCGUGUAGGCCUAAUUGCUGCCUGAGUUAAUAUCUGACUGUCUCACACAUCCGUUCCUUCUGUGGUUGAAGUACAGUUUGAAGCGUGACUCCCUGGGGAAGUUUACCAUAGGGAUUCAAUGAAUGUUCAUAUAAAUGUCAUCACACAGUUUUUCAUCACCUUGAUACUGAGUUGUCAGCUAUGACUCCCAAACUUUGAAAUACUGGAGUCACCAGAGGUUACGCGUAGGCUAAUUGCAAAAAUGAGGUUAGAGAGUUUAACGAUUUCCACAGUGCUGCAUUAUCUGAACUGCAAGUCACACAAAAAGUCUCUAACGUGGGAAUGAUCUGUGUUUGGUUAUCAACCUCUACCCCCCAUUUUUACUCACUUCCUCUGUUCCUGUUUCACUGCAAUUUCUUCAGAAUUGAAGGUUUUGCUAGAAGGUGGCAGAUGCAGUGAAUUAUAAAGUUCCGCUCUGCUGGGCUUCUCAAACAAUCAUGGUUAGAACUUGCUCCUCUCAUACCUGUCACACAGUGAUGAUGCUAAUAGUUGGGCUGAAUCACUGCUGAAGAAAUCUUGCAAUCACUGGGAACAUUUUGGCAAAUGUCUGCAGAAAUUGUGUUCAUGUGUGUUACAUUUAGGGUUAGUGAGAGGCCUCAUUGUCUUACCAAGUGAUUCAGCCUGAUUUGACCCUCCAUUUUUGAUGCUUUACAUAGUUUUAAAACCCCUCCAUUAUAUUUUAUCCAAGCUUACCUUAACUUAACUUGGACACCCUGCAAGCUGAUCUCCGCUAGGAUCCAAUCUGCUAUCUUAACUUUCAUGAAGUCUUACAGUAUUAGGAGUUAGCCAACACCACAUGACUGGGAAGACAGAAGUGUAGAAAAAGAAGCAAAGCACCACGUGAAUACAGAAAAAAAACUUAACAUAGAUUACCUAGGGUACCAGUCAGUGGAUAGAAAGGGAAAUCUAUGCAUUUCUGUUUCUCCUCAGACCAAGUGACAGCCGGUCAGCUGUCCCAACAUGAGUGACACCUGCCUGUUGAUUGACACCUGGUACCAAUGACUCCAGACAGUUGUGCCACUUGUUCAGGCAUCCUCACAAUGGCAGUGUGCAGCUUUUUCUGUUUUCCUUGUCUUUCGUUUACCUUUCAAUUAUUUUUAUGGUGUUUGGAAGUCAUAAAGACGGAUGGGUGUGGCCGGCUGCGAACCCAGUUGCUGCUGUCUGGUUGUGCGUCUUUUAAAACAUAGGUCAUAGUUUUUUUAGUGCGUUGGUUUCAUCUAAAGCAUUUAGACUCGACUAACAAGAUUAAGAUCUUACAGAUUUGUGCAGAUGCAUCCCUCAGUUUCUCAUUGAAAACAAAGAAAACAGCAACAUUUUCUUGCCAAUUUCUGGACCGCUAAGUCGGUAAUUGCCUGUUAGACUCUCACUGACAGACAUCGAAGUGCCAACAAAUUACAAAUUACAGCUGAGAAGUCUUUUAUGAAGUGCAUCUUUUUUCUUUAAUUUUGCUAUUCAAAGUGUUUUGUCUUUUGAUCUAACCUUACUGUCAAAUUUAGUAGUUUGUUUUUAAACUGCAAAAUCCUACCUCAGUACACAGUUUUGUCACAAUUGGAUUAAAACCAAAUUUGAGGGUUCACUGUCAGAAAUUCUCCCUGAGAGCUUUAUAUUGUUAUGCUUGUGUUUUUAUUGUGCUGGAGGCAUUGUGUUGGUCUCAUUCUCAUGUAUGUGAAUUUCUCUUGAAUGCCUCGAAGAAUUUUCUUUAAAUUUGGCACAAAUGUUCACAUGGACUCAUCGACAAAUUAAUGACAAUUGGAUGGUCAAAGGUCACUGUGACCUCUCAAAACUGCUUUUUGGCCAUAACUCAAGAAUUCACACAUUAUUCCCACAAAUAUCUAAAGAGGAAUAACACAAUGAAGUGAUGACAUUGUGAUGGAUGGCCUUCACUAUGCAUUAUUUAAUGCUACAAAUCUGGAACAAAGCGUGAAACUAGAUCACAUUUUACAUUUGGUCAGAUGCUGAAAUGGUGACACUAGUCUUGGAUCCUCACCUAUAAAAAUAUAUAUAUAAUAAGCCUCUGGGCGGGCAUUAAAACUGACUGAUUGGUGGAAGCAUACAACUGCAAGGUGGUAAUUGUUUUUUUUAUGUUUUUGGUCUUCUGAAUAUCAAUAAGUAGCUGCAUUAAAAAACAUUUUAUUAAUGAUCCUCUAGGCAUAUUUGAACAUCUAAAGUUACUCUAUUUUGAAUAAUACUUGCUAUUUGAUAUGCUUUUUUCUAUUAAAAAAAAAAAUCCCAUCUUGUUAGAAAUUCUCAAAGUCACAUCACCGCACCUCUCUAAGUGGAAAAUCCAGAAUUGGUGAAUAUUAAUUUCUCAUUUUAAAAUUGUAACUACUUGACACAGUAUGUUUCCAGCAUCACUUAAAUGUUAUUAUAAUGCAAUACAUGUGGGUUGCAGGUGUCUGGUUUCCCUCUUUGUGCUUUCUAAGUUGUCUUAUGAAUGAGGAAAGGGUUCUAAACUGUGAUGUCACAAAUCCUCCUCAUUUCAACUCAGAUUUGAUUUGAAUGUAGAGAAACUUUCCACUUUCAGCAGAUGGACUCACAGUGUUUUAGUGCCGCUCUCUGAAUAUAUUCUGCAUAGUGAAAGUCAAACAUCCAAGAUAAGAAAUAUUUGCCAAAGCUUGCUUUUCUCUUCAGACAGUGUCACAAGUUCUUGUCAAAGAAAAAAGACACAUUUUGGUCUGAUGAAAUUUGAUUAAAAUCAGUUCCUGUGCUGUUGCUUACCUUUGUUUUCCUCUCACUUAAGCUAAAGGGAUCAGCUUCGGUGGUCUGGGCCUCCUCACUUGACUCCAAAGGAUCAAGGUUCAUGUCUGUCCAGAGGCAACUUCAUUUUCCCACAUUUUCCGCUCUAAACAGGGGUUCACUCACAACAACACACACACUACAAGCCUGUUUCCCUGUGUCUUGGGAAAUCACAGCGCAUUUGCUUUUUUCCUCUUUCUACAUCACAGGUUUGGCUUUUGUUUGACUCUUUAAUUGUACAACUUGUUUUACACAUUCAUAAAUUUAUUUUUUCCCAGCAGUGCUCAUAAGAAUAAUUGUGUUUAUUCAUACAGAAGCUAACUAAUUAUGCGAGUAAUUGCUUAUUUAAUUGAUUUUCUCCACUUGACAUGUGCUUGUAGGGAGGACUGGGAGGACUGAGGUACAUAUAUGUAGUUAGUUAAAUAUAUUAAAUGGGUACAUCUAUGAGCUUUAAAAUUUCUGCAAUUUCUACAGGAGAGCUCCCCUUAGGUUGGAGAAAUUUAGUGCCCCUUUUAUGCAGUCUGAGGUGGCAUGGGGCCGGAGGUAGACCACCUUUAUAGGUCAUGUGAUAUGUGGGUCAUCGUGGGGCCCACACAGCGGAUCACCAGGAUCAAACGCUCUCUGACUCGCUCCUUGACUCAUUGAUUUAUUGGCACUGAAAGGCAACAGGACUUCCACGAUUCCACAUGCAAAAGGGACUUUUUACGCAGCACGAAGUGACUUGCAACUUUUAACUUAACGAUGACUCAGUUUAGAACUUUGAGCAGUAAAGUGAUUAAAUGAUUCCUAUAACUAAGACGCUGAGUGGUCGUUAAUUAUUGAGGUCAAGUGGCAAAUUCCACCCAGAAUCAGGUCAGUUUGAGCUCUGUAAGAAGUUGAAGUUUUGAAACCCGUUUACUUGAACUAUGUCAUCAGACGACAAUCUGUCUUUGUCUAUUACCGACUGACAUUUCUUCUUUCAAACUGCUAAUUUUCAGAUUUUGUCAGUUUUUACUGUCUUUUAGUACACAUACAAUGCCACACUUAGUGUCAGGUUCUGCAUGGAGAAAUGAGUUCAGAUUUACAGCUUGUUACCUCCAGCCUUCCCUUGCCUCCUCUCUUUCUCAGAGUCUGGCUGUCCAGACCGGUCCAGCCUUGCAGGGGAAAGAUGUAUUGUGGGUAACGGUUGUUGUGCCUGGAGAUGAUUACAAUGCACCUUGGUAGGAAAAGACACCUACGACUUUUUACAAGGGCCCUCAGGCCUCAGGGGCAGCCUUUUCUUCCAGAGGCUUUUCACCUCUGCUCUGCCUCUCACCUGAUUUCUAACAAUUAGUCUACAGAGUCAGACAACAGGCGUUAAUGUCGAUUUCAAGUCACACGCAGGAACUCAUACAAUGUCUUUCAGAUGCUCUCAUUUAGAAACCAAAGAUAUGUUGCAAGUUAAAUUUUCUGUGCAGUUUUGAUGUAAAAUCGCUCUUUAAUGUCUAUUUGUAAAACAAAAUGACGAUUUAAAUUGCACAUAUCUCUGGUCUUAAUCAUACAGAGUUCUCUUUCUUUCUAGAUUAGUAAAGUUUCCUUGUCUCAGACGAUUCCUCAUGCACAACACUGGGGAUUUUCACAAGGAACGGAUUCCGAAGUAUUUCAUCCAGGGACAAGCUGUUACUGUUAAGAGAAAAAUAAAUGAGCAUGUUUACAAAGCAAAAAUCUGAUUUUAAGCAUCCAUAAAAAAAAUUGAUUAAUUGGAGAUGACACACUGGGAACAUAGACUUUCUUUUCAGUUUAAUAAGCAACAUCAGACACAUUCACAUUAUUCACUGCUGUCAAGACCAACUUCCAAAUGCAGGCACACAACUCACUCUGCUGAGCCCUCCUACCUGUCCAGCAGCAGCCAAUCAGAGGCAUUUAUUAGGCAAGAGUUGAUAAACUGUGGUCCAUCCUCUCCCCCGUGUGGAAAAAUCAAGCACGGGGUUCCAGUUAACCACUACUUACUGUUCAAUCAGGCAGUCGUGCAUGCUGCACAGAGAUAACCCAUUUCUGUUUCAGCUAAUCUGUUCUGCUGAUGAACGCUUAGUUUCUCCUUGACAAAUACUACAAACUCUGUUGUUAAACUUGGUGUCAAGAAUAACAAACACCAUUACUGCAAACUUGGUGUUAUUUGUGUGCGCAUGAGAAAUCUUCUCAUGAGAGAUGAGACUGUUUGAAGUGUCUAAAGUGGUUGGAGGAGAUGGAUGGGAAAACUCCCUCACUAUAUUGACAGAAAUGUGUUGUUGGAACAAACAGUAUGUUGUGACUCAAUUUCAACCAGAGACAUGUCUGCACCACCCUGUUUCCAUUGCGCACACUUGGAUAUGACUGGUGCGCUCUCCACAUGGCAUCAGUGUGAGACCCUCAUUAAAGAUAGAUGUGAUUAAAAAAAAUAGAUAUCACACUUAUAAAAUGGUUGAAAAUGUGAUAUUUUUUAUUUGAUUUGUGAUUACCUUUAUAUAUUAGCGUUUCGGAGUCAGAUGCGCCCACUCCAUUGAAUUCCAGAUGCGUUACCUGCUGAAAGCUCUGCGUGGUGUCGGAACAGUGAUCGGAUGAGGACGCACCUCUUGGGCACAUGGUCAAAUUAAGUUUUUUCCCCUCCUCCACAAGGUGUCUCAUUCACUUUUUAGAUGGGCCCCUCCUCUCCAACACUGACGAAAUAACAACGUGAGUUAGGCAAAAUUGAACUUGUUCCUUGCCAGCACUUCACGGUUUCUGUCGCCCUGUUCAGAACCAGGAUCAUCCCGCAGUGGGACCCUGCAGCUGUGGGGCAUCAAGGAGAGGAGAAGAGCACACCGGGAAGAGACGUGCUGAUGCGCCAAUUUGGAGUGGACCUACUGAGGCACUUUUUACGCACGCAUGUUACGCACUGGAACUAACUCGAUUUAAGGACAUACAUCGAUAUUUGUGCAUUUUAUGGAAUAAAAUGCACACAAACAUGAUACUAAAUAUAAAGCAUAUCCUGUGGUUAUAUUGUCUCUGUGAAGCUGCAACCGAAACAGCCUCCAACACGUUAUCAAUAAUCAGACCGGUCACUGGGUCCCUCUCAGGGAAGGUAAACCUUCCCUGCUUCUUCUCCACAAUCCCAACCUCAGCACCUGUCAUCAGUCCCAAUGGAACAGCCAUUUAUAGCACCGACUACCUGCGGAUCAAAUGGACCAAAAUAGAGGGGGAGGUAGAAUCCACAGUGCUGGUGGCACAAAAUGGGGUCAUCAAGAUCGGCUCAAGCUACAGGAACCGUGUAUCAGUGCCCAGUCACCCUGAGGAUGUCGGUGAUGCCUCACUGACAAUGGUCAAGCUACGAGCCAGUGAUGCGGGCACAUAUCGUUGUGAGGUCAUGUAUGGCAUAGAAGACACCCAAGAUACAGUGAACCUCGAUGUCAGCGGUGUUGUGUUUCACUACCGAGCUAGCACCAGCAGGUACACUUUGGGUUACCAGAAGGCUGUCCAAACCUGUCAAGAUGUCGGAGCAACCAUUGCUACUUAUGACCAGCUGAAAGCAGCCUAUGAAGAUGGGUUUGAUCAAUGUGAUGCCGGUUGGAUUGCUGACCAGACAGUGAGAUAUCCCAUUAUAAAACCUAGAAAGGGCUGCUAUGGCAACCUUCUUGCCAAACCUGGUGUGAGGUCAUAUGGAACCAGGAAACCCACGGAGACCUAUGAUGUAUACUGUUAUGUAGACAAGCUUGAUGGUGAAGUCUUCUAUGCUCCUGUGACCCGGAAGAUGACUUUUGAAGAGGCCCGUGAAGAAUGUAAAAAGAGGAAUGCUGUCUUGGCAAGCCCUGGCCAGCUCCAUGCUGCUUGGCGACAAGGGCUGGACAGAUGUGACUAUGGCUGGCUCUCCGAUGGCAGCGCACGGCAUCCUGUUGCAGUACCCAGGAUCAAAUGUGGGGGUGGCCUGCUUGGUGUCAGGACCAUGUAUCGCUACAGAAACCAGACCGGCUUCCCAGAACCAACAAGGAAGCUUGGGGCGUACUGUUUUAAAGGAAGGACAUGGGUGAUCAACCAGACUUCCUUUGUGGAUGUGUCCGUGGCAGCAAUCACCACCAGCACAACCAGUCCCACUACCAUCCCUUUGCUUGAAACCACCACCAACAUACUAACUACAACAUCUGACACAGUAUCACAUCCAGAAGAAUCUCCAGACUCUCCAGCUACGAAUCCUCCAUCCUACCCUAUGUUCUCCACCAGCAUGGCUCCACCUCAUCCUACUCCAGGAGGCCAAGAAGAAGAGUUAAUCACAACAGUUGCACCCACUAUCAAAGAGGAACAUGAGGACACAGAAGUUACAACUGCAAAAGACUUUGACAUUAAUGACUUUGUAAAUCAGAGUAUAAACUUUGAGGAAAUUGUUCCACAUCGUGGUGACACAAUCUCAAAGCCCACAACGGACAGUACUGAUAGCACAGUGUCCAUCGACACAGAUGAUCACUCAGUGAUUGAGAUCAGUACAAUACAACCUGAUGUCCCCAUACCAGAUGACUCUCUCAGCACAGAGCCCAUGUUUGCUGAAGGGAAGACAGAGGAAACUAUUGUGGAUUCAGGGAUCACCACAGCAAUGACCUCUGAUCUUACUGACAGUCCAACAGAAUCAACAGAACCGACCCAUGAGGAAGACCUCAGCUCCUCAGAGUCACCUUCAUCAACAUCAAACAUUGAGCUUCAGUCAACACCUUUCCCAGACUAUUAUGAUGAGAUUGAGACUGAUUUUGCAUUACACGCUCUGCCGCCUGUUCAGCCACCUGAACAAGACCUCUCAUCCAGCCCAUCACACAGCACAGGCAUGGUUGAUAUAACUGAUCAAACAACGAUCCCCACAACUGUUCUCACUGAUACCACCUUUAUGUGUGACACCCAACCUGGUAGUGAGGUGGCGAUAACCACUACAGGACCACCAGAGACCACCAGCACUGCAACACAAACUACACCUCAAACACAGGAUGCACAGACACUGGUCACAUCUGCAGCCGCAACAUCUACUGUUGCUCUGAUUGAUAGUGAAACCUCAGUUGAAGAUGAGGCAUCGUUAACAACUGUUCGUAUCUUUGAUGAGUCCACCACUCAGAUGCCAGAACACAGCGGUGACACCCUCACUGAAUCUGACACAGUAACAGAGAUUGGCACAGAGUUCUUCACAUCCACUCCAGUGGCUUCAACCGUGUCCAGCACAAUCACUUCUCCAGUUGCAGUGGUCACUGAUGAGCAGUCCAUCCAAAUGCAAAACAUAUCAGUUGAUCAGGCUCUACAGCCACAAGAUUCUCAGUCUCCUGCAAUACCAGUUGUGCCUGACCACCCCACCCUAUCCAUAGCCGAUGGUGAGCCGAUCCUUCAGAGUGGAGACCCUGACGCUUUCCCCGCUGCCACUGUAACUAUCACUCCAACUGUCAGCUUUAUAAAUGGUAAACAGGAGAUCACCCUGGAGCCACGGAGCCCCGAAGUUAAAGAAGCUAAAGGUACUGAGAUUAUGACAAAUGCGACAACUCUAGGAGCUAGUGAUGAAAUAACUACAGUGUUCGAUUAUAGUUGGACCGAUGCCCCUGGUGACACCUCCACUGAAUCUACAGAGGAACCCACAGCAACACUGACAACCUCUACAGAGAUCCCAGAUGUUGAUGAAUAUGACUCCAAUAUAAUCCCAAUAGUGGAGUCAACGCCUCCUCACAUUGAGGAUGAGCUGACCACAAAAGGCCAAGCAGAAACAAACAUAACUUCAGCUCCAGCCUCAACAGUGGCGGACGAGGCUUCAUCAAAUAUUACACAGAAACCUGAAUUUUCCCCAGCUGCCACAGAUACCACUGACUUUGUUCCAACAGUAAUUCCAGCUGGGACAGAGAUCACCAAAGGAACUGAGGAAACCCAAACAACAAAGCCUCAUACGGAUAGCUCUGUCAGCACUACAUCUGUACGAGAAGAGGUGGGCGUGUCGGGGUCUACUCCCACGUAUGUGAAAAGUGACUCAGAUGUAACUCUGAGUGAGAAACCUGAAGAUGAAUCCCCUGUUACCUCUGCAACUGAACUUUACUCAAUGAGAGAUAAAGCUGAAACCACAGCGGAAACAAAAAGCACAUCUGCCACUCCAGCUGCUGAAGACAGCACUCAGUCUGCUUUACAGACUGUGUAUACUCCCUCAUCUGAUGACGCUGAUGGGAAAACACCAACAUCAACUAGUGACUCACAGGGCCCCACUCAAGAUGUAAAGGGAGGGACAGAGAUCCAAACCCCAAAAGAAUUUGCCUUCAGCACGACUCCUUCAGUAUUUAGUGGUUCAGGAUCUCCUGAACAGAUAGCCAAGACUGAGACAACACCAGCUGUAGAUAUAGGCAGCACUGAAUCAUCAGCAUCUGCAGCAACUGCUCAUGCUGAAACUUCAGAGAGUAGACUCACAAGUCAGGGAGGGAGUACAGUCAGUCAAAUACCUUCCAUCUCACCCACAGAGAAAGUUGCAACUGAUGCAAUGUCUAGACCAGGGGAAGAGGGUUCAACAGUCCGAACAGUAAACAUGUUUACAACCAGCCCACAAUCACAUACCUCUUCACUGACGACUACACAUACAAAAAGUCAAGUUCCACAGGAGAGUGAAAUAACAUCACAAACAUUACAAACAAAUGACACAGAUAAAGCAUCUAGUCCUGCCACAAGUGUGAUGGAAAAAACUUCCGUACUCUCCACUCCACAAGAGGAUGAAACAAAAACUACUUCCUCCUAUAAAUCCAUUGCAGCAACUGAUUCUCCAUUAUACAGUGCUAUUGAAAUUAUCAAGACGACAGUGGCCUCAUUUACUGAAUUUUUCAGUCAGUACUCAUCACAAAGUGCACCAGUAAUUACUGAAUUGCCUGAAGAGAAACAGGGUUCAAGUGAAGAAAUUGUCACAGGUGUCACAGAUAUGAAGGCUUCAACAGAUCAAACUUCCUGGUCUGUGCCCACCUCUGCUUCUUCUGUUAAACCCGCUGAGUCUCUUUCGACUGCAGUUGCAACUGUGGAAUUAUCAAGUGUAGCUGUGGACACUGCUCAAACACAGUCUUUUUCAGUGAAUCUUACAGAGACAGGUGCAUUGCAUUCUGGCACUGCUGGAGAGAUUGCAGAUGACCAGACACCACGGACAAUAAUAACAGAAGCUACAGUAUCACCUUCAGUGCUUAGCACAGAGAAAGCAGUUACAGGAACAAAACAAUAUGAACAAGUUCAUGGUUCAACCACAGCUGGCACCAUAGUCAGCUCGAAAGACUAUACAUUAUCACCUGACAUAUCAAAAAGUGACAUUACUAAAGGAACAACAAAGCCUUCAGAGUCUAAAAUAACAUUAAAGACAGAUACUUCUGAAAUGAGUAUGGCCCCAACUUCCCUCCCAUCAUGUAACACAGGCAGUGAAGUAACCAAAGAACAGACAGAAACAACAUUCAUUUCAAUGGAACCAGUAGCUAGUGGCGAAACAGACAUAGAUAUCAGCACAGUGCCAAGUUCAGUAGCAGAGGUGAGCUCUGAACGUCCAACAACUGCAUCGACUGUGUUUAGUAGUGAGAACACAACAUUAACAGUAUUGACCACAAUGUCUUCGGUCACAAAAACAGAGAUUCCAACAAUGACAGCAUCACUUGAAACCCAAACUGAUGAAGAGACCUCAGGUGAAGAGAGAACUAAGACAUUUAGCACAGACUAUACAUCUGUUCCAGCUUCAUCAUUGUUUAGCACUGAGAAUCUGACAGCACUGCCAGUUGAGAGGCAUGAAAGUGCUCUCACUGGACAUACAGAGAAAGCCUCAGUGACUUCAGUUGCAGAUACGGCAGAGGAAAGCUCUGUUCUCACUCCAAAAGAGGAAACCAUGUCCAUUCAGACCGCUUCUGUGACAGCUUCUCUCUACAGCUCUGAGCCACCAACAACAAAUAUAGCUGAGGAGACAGAAAGUGACAUGAAACAGGAGACAGAGAUGACCUCACACUCAGGGCCACCAUCUGAUUCUCCACUCUUAGAUGUGACAUCAAUAAGCUCAAUAACCAUGUCUCCAAGUGCGCUGUCUGUUACAAAAUCAACUGCUGUAGACGUUGAAGCUGAAGACAUUAGUAGCCAGCCCUCUGUUUAUGAUUCCAUUCCUUCCAUUGGUGGAUCAACUUUGAAACCUGAAUCAACAUCCUUCUUCAUUUCAACUGAAACAGAGAUGUCAAAAGACCACACCUUGGACUAUACUGCAGAAUCAUUUAUUGUAUCAACCACUGUCUCCUCCGUCACCAGAAAAGAUACACCAGCAGUGACACAGGCAAAAAAAAAUGAAUCAACUGAGAUCUCCAGCAAACACACCACAGUUCCAACAGGUUCCUCAUUAUUCAGCACAGAGACGCCAACAGCAGUUUCUGUUGAGAGACAUGACAGUUCUCCCACAGAUGAAACAGGAAAGACUUCACUUGCUGCUGUUACGGACAAAACAGAGCAAUCUUCUGUCAUUACAACCAUAGAUGUAGAUGGUUCAGGAGACCAAACCCCAGACAUGUUUACCUCAUCUGCUUCUGUCAGACCGACAUCUUCAUCUCUAUACAGCACUGAGGCACCAACAGUGCAGUCAUUUGGAACAGCAGACACACUUGAAACAGAAAAAUCUAUGAUCACAUCUCGUAGUAAAGAACCAUCAGUAUCCACAGUCUCUGAUGAGAAAGUGACAAGCCCUUCAACAGUGUCUCCAAGUGUGGCUUCUGUUAUGCCAUCAAGUAUUUCAGACAUUGAGGAUGACGGUAUUAGCAGUCAGUCUACAAUGGUGGAGUCUGUUCCUUCCACCAGUGGCUCAACCUUGAAACCUGAAACAGAAUCCUUUCUCAUUACCACUGAUGCAGAGGGUUCUGGAUACAGCACUGCUGAUUCUACUGAAGGCACAAGCAUCACAGCAACCUCUGUCUCAUCAUUGUCAACUACAUUAUCACCAUCAGUCACAGCAUCACAUACAUUUGACACAAGUGAUUCCUUAAUAACAGGUGUUACUUCAGCUUCUUCACUCUACAGUACAGAGAAACCAUCAUCAUUGUCUCCUUACACAAAUGAGACAAUUGCCACCAGUAAGUCUGAUGACGCAUCAGUGACACCAUAUGAGAGUUCUUCUUUGCCAAUAACAGAUGAAGAGAUCUCAGGCGAUGAGUCAACUGAGACCUCCAGCACAGUCUCUUCGUCUGCUACAGCUUCAUCAUUGUUUAGCACUGAGAAGACGACAGCACUGCCAGAUGAGGAGCUUGAAAGUGCUCUGACAGAACAGACAGAGAGAGUCUCAGUGACUUCAAUUACAGACGAGUCAGAGGACAGCUCUGUUCUCACUCCAGAAGAUGGAAACAUAUUCAUUCAGACAUCUCCUGUGACAUCUUCUCACUACAGCUCUGGGCCAUCAACAACAAAUAUACCGAUGGCAACAGGAAGUGAAAUCUCAGAGCAGACUCUGAUGACUUCACACUCAGAACAACCAUCUGUCUCUCCACUCUCUGAUGUUACAUCAAUUUCUGUGUCUCCAAGUUUGUCCUCCGUUCCAUCCUCGACUGCUGUAGACAUGGGGGGUGAAGAUCUUAGUAGCCAGCCCUCUGUUGAUGAUUCCAUUCCUUCCAUCAGUGGAUCAACUUUGAAACCUGAAUCAACAUCCUUCUUCACUUCAACUGAUACAUACAGCUCUGGAGACCACAGUUUGGACUAUACCACCGAAUCAUUUAUUGUAUCAACCACUGUCUCCCCCAUCACCAGAAAAGAUACACCAGCAAUGACACUGUCAAUUGAGACUGAAACAAGCGAUGAGUCUGAAACAGCCAUCACUGCAGCUUCAUCGUUCUACAGUACUGAGAUACCGACAUCAGUGUCUCUUGAUACUCAGGAAACUGUGACCACAAGUAAGUCUGAGGACGAUUCAACAUCAUUAGAUGAAAGUACAACAUUUUCAACAACAGAUGAAGAGAGUUCAGGUGACCUAACAACUGAGAUCUCCAGCAAACACACCACAAUUCCAACAGGUUCUUCAUUAUUCAGCACAGAGACGCCAGCAACAGUUUUGGUUGAGAGACUUGAAGGUUCUCUCACAGAUGAAACAGGAAAGACUUCAGUUUCUCCUGUUACAGGCAAAACAGAGCAAUAUUCUGUCAUUACACCAAUAGAUGUAGAUGGUUCAGGAGACCAAACUCCAGACAUGUUUACUUCAUCUGCUUCUGUCAGACCAACAUCUUCAUCUCUAUCCAGCACUGAGGCACCAACAGUGCAGUCACUUGGAACAGCAGACACACUUGAAACAGAAAAAUCUACGAUCACAUCUCGUAGUAAAGAACCAUCAGUAUCCACAGUCUCUGAUGAGAAAGUGACAAGCCCUUCAACAGUGUCUCCAAGUGUGGCUUCUGUUAUGCCAUCAAGUAUUUCAGACAUUGAGGAUGACGGUAUUAGCAGUCAGUCUACAAUGGUGGAGUCUGUUCCUUCCACCAGUGGCUCAACCUUGAAACCUGAAACAGAAUCCUUUCUCAUUACCACUGAUGCAGAGGGUUCUGGGUACAGCACUGCUGAUUCUACUGAAGGCACAAGCAUCACAGCAACCUCUGUCUCAUCAUUGUCAACUACAUUAUCACCAUCAGUCACAGCAUCACAUACAUUUGACACAAGUGAUUCCUUAAUAACAGGUGUUACUUCAGCUUCUUCACUCUACAGUACAGAGAAACCAACAUCAUUGUCUCCUUACACAAAUGAGACAAUUGCCACCAGUAAGUCUGAUGAAGCAUCAGUGACACCAUAUGAGAGUUCUUCUUUGCCAAUAACAGAUGAAGAGAUCUCAGGCGAUGAGUCAACUGAGACCUCCAGCACAGUCUCUUCGUCUGCUACAGCUUCAUCAUUGUUUAGCACUGAGAAGACGACAGCACUGCCAGAUGAGGAGCUUGAAAGUGCUCUGACAGAACAGACAGAGAGAGUCUCAGUGACUUCAAUUACAGACAAAUCAGAGGACAGCUCUGUUCUCACUCCAGAAGAUGGAAACAUAUUCAUUCAGAUGUCUCCUGUGACAUCUUCUCACUACAGCUCUGGGCCACCAACAACAAAUAUACCGAUGGCAGCGGGAAGUGAAGUCACAGAGCAGAAUCUGAUGACUUCACACUCAGAACAACCAUCUGUCUCUCCACUCUCUGAUGUUACAUCAAUUUCUGUGUCUCCAAGUUUGUCCUCCGUUCCAUCCUCGACUGCUGUAGACAUGGGGGGUGAAGAUCUUAGUAGCCAGCCCUCUGUUGAUGAUUCCAUUCCUUCCAUCAGUGGAUCAACUUUGAAACCUGAAUCAACAUCCUUCUUCACUUCAACUGAUACAUACAGCUCUGGAGACCAUAGUUUGGACUAUACCACCGAAUCAUUUAUUGUAUCAACCACUGUCUCCCCCAUCACCAGAAAAGAUACACCAGCAAUGACACUGUCAAUUGAGACUGAAACAAGCGAUGCGUCUCAAACAGCCAUCACUGCAGCUUCAUCGUUCUACAGUACUGAGAUACCAACAUCAGUGUCACUUGAUACUCAGGAGACUGUGACCACAAGUAAGUCUGAGGAAGAUUCAACAACGUUAGAUAAAAGUACAACAUUUUUAACAACAGAUGAAGAGAGUUCAGGUGACCUAACAACUGAGAUCUCCAGCAAACACACCACAAUUCCAACAGGUUCCUCAUUAUUCAGUACAGAGACGCCAGCAACAGUUUCUGUUGAGAAACAUGACAGUUCUCCCACAGAUGAAACAGGAAAAACUUCAGUUUCUGCUGUUACAGGCAAAACAGAGCAAUUUUCUGUCAUGACAACCAUAGAUGUAGAUGGCUCAGGAGACCAAACCCCAGACAUAUUUACCUCAUCUGCUUCUGUCAGACUGACAUCUUCAUCUCUAUACAGCACUGAGGCACCAAUAGUGCAGUCACUUGGAACAGCAGACACACUUGAAACAGAAAAAUCUACGAUCACAUCUCGUAGUAAAGAACCAUCAGUAUCCACAGUCUCUGAUGAGAAAGUGACAAGCCCUUCAACAGUGUCUCCAAGUGUGGCUUCUGUUAUGCCAUCAAGUAUUUCAGACAUUGAGGAUGACGGUAUUAGCAGUCAGUCUACAAUGGUGGAGUCUGUUCCUUCCAUCAGUGGCUCAACCUUGAAACCUGAAACAGAAUCCUUUCUCAUUACCACUGAUGCAGAGGGUUCUGGGUACAGCACUGCUGAUUCUACUGAAGGCACAAGCAUCACAGCAACCUCUGUCUCAUCAUUGUCAACUACAUUAUCACCAUCAGUCACAGCAUCACAUACAUUUGACACAAGUGAUUCCUUAAUAACAGGUGUUACUUCAGCUUCUUCACUCUACAGUACAGAGAAACCAACAUCAUUGUCUCCUUACACAAAUGAGACAAUUGCCACCAGUAAGUCUGAUGAAGCAUCAGUGACACCAUAUGAGAGUUCUUCUUUGCCAAUAACAGAUGAGGAGAUCUCGGGCGAUGAGUCAACUGAGACCUCCAGCACAGUCUCUUCGUCUGCUAUAGCUUCAUCAUUGUUUAGCACUGAGAAGACGACAGCACUGCCAGAUGAGGAGCUUGAAAGUGCUCUGACAGAACAGACAGAGAGAGUCUCAGUGACUUCAAUUACAGACAAAUCAGAGGACAGCUCUGUUCACACUCCAGAAGAUGGAAACAUAUUCAUUCAGAUGUCUCCUGUGACAUCUUCUCACUACAGCUCUGGGCCACCAACAACAAAUAUACCAAUGGCAGCGGGAAGUGAAGUCACAGAGCAGAAUCUGAUGACUUCACACUCAGAACAACCAUCUGUCUCUCCACUCUCUGAUGUUACAUCAAUUUCUGUGUCUCCAAGUUUGUCCUCCGUUCCAUCCUCGACUGCUGUAGACAUGGGGGGUGAAGAUCUUAGUAGCCAGCCCUCUGUUGAUGAUUCCAUUCCUUCCAUCAGUGGAUCAACUUUGAAACUUGAAUCAACAUCCUUCUUCACUUCAACUGAUACAUACAGCUCUGGAGACCAUAGUUUGGACUAUACCACCGAAUCAUUUAUUGUAUCAACCACUGUCUCCCCCAUCACCAGAAAAGAUACACCAGCAAUGACACUGUCAAUUGAGACUGAAACAAGCGAUGCGUCUCAAACAGCCAUCACUGCAGCUUCAUCGUUCUACAGUACUGAGAUACCGACAUCAGUGUCACUUGAUACUCAGGAGACUGUGACCACAAGUAAGUCUAAGGAAGAUUCAACAACGUUAGAUGAAAGUACAACAUUUUUAACAACAGAUGAAGAGAGUUCAAAUGACCUAACAACUGAGAUCUCCAGCAAACACACCACAAUUCCAACAGGUUCCUCAUUAUUCAGUACAGAGACGCCAGCAACAGUUUCUGUUGAGAAACAUGACAGUUCUCCCACAGAUGAAACAGGAAAAACUUCAGUUUCUGCUGUUACAGGCAAAACAGAGCAAUUUUCUGUCAUGACAACCAUAGAUGUAGAUGGCUCAGGAGACCAAACCCCAGACAUAUUUACCUCAUCUGCUUCUGUCAGACUGACAUCUUCAUCUCUAUACAGCACUGAGGCACCAACAGUGCAGUCACUUGGAACAGCAGACACACUUGAAACAGAAAAAUCUACAAUCACAUCUCAAAGUGAAGAACCAUCACUAUCCUCGGUCUCUGAUGAGAAAGUGACAAGCCCUUCAACAGUGUCUCCAAGCAUGGCUUCUGUUUUGCCAUCGAGUAUUUCAGACAUUGAGGAUGACGGUAUUAGCAGUCAGUCUACAAUGGUGGAGUCUGUUCCUUCCACCAGUGGCUCAACCUUGAAACCUGAAACAGAAUCCUUUCUCAUUACCACUGAUGCAGAGGGUUCUGGAUACAGCACUGCUGAUUCUACUGAAGGCACAAGCAUCACAGCAACCUCUGUCUCAUCAUUGUCAAGUACAUUAUCACCAUCAGUCACAGCAUCACAUACAUUUGACACAAGUGAUUCCCUGAUAACAGGUGUUACUUCAGCUUCUUCACUCUACAGUACAGAGAAACCAACAUCAUUGUCUCCUUACACAAAUGAGACAAUUGCCACCAGUAAGUCUGAUGAAGCAUCAGUGACACCAUAUGAGAGUUCUUCUUUGCCAAUAACAGAUGAAGAGAUCUCAGGCAAUGAGUCAACUGAGACCUCCAGCACAGUCUCUUCGUCUGCUACAGCUUCAUCAUUGUUUAGCACUGAGAAGACGACAGCACUGCCAGAUGAGGAGCUAAAAAGUGCUCUGACAGAACAGACAGAGAGAGUCUCAGUGACUUCAAUUACAGACGAGUCAGAGGACAGCUCUGUUCUCACUCCAGAAGAUGGAAACAUAUUCAUUCAGACAUCUCCUGUGACAUCUUCUCACUACAGCUCUGGGCCAUCAACAACAAAUAUACCGAUGGCAACAGGAAGUGAAAUCUCAGAGCAGACUCUGAUGACUUCACACUCAGAACAACCAUCUGUCUCUCCACUCUCUGAUGUUACAUCAAUUUCUGUGUCUCCAAGUUUGUCCUCCGUUCCAUCCUCGACUGCUGUAGACAUUGGGGGUGAAGAUCUUAGUAGCCAGCCCUCUGUUGAUGAUUCCAUUCCUUCCAUCAGUGGAUCAACUUUGAAACCUGAAUCAACAUCCUUCUUCACUUCAACUGAUACAUACAGCUCUGGAGACCACAGUUUGGACUAUACCACCGAAUCAUUUAUUGUAUCAACCACUGUCUCCCCCAUUACCAGAAAAGAUACACCAGCAAUGACACUGUCAAUUGAGACUGAAACAAGCGAUGAGUCUGAAACAGCCAUCACUGCAGCUUCAUCGUUCUACAGUACUGAGAUACCGACAUCAGUGUCUCUUGAUACUCAGGAAACUGUGACCACAAGUAAGUCUGAGGACGAUUCAACAUCAUUAGAUGAAAGUACAACAUUUUCAACAACAGAUGAAGAGAGUUCAGGUGACCUAACAACUGAGAUCUCCAGCAAACACACCACAAUUCCAACAGGUUCUUCAUUAUUCAGCACAGAGACGCCAGCAGCAGUUUUACUUGAGAAACAUGACAGUUCUCCCACAGAUGAAACAGGAAAGACUUCAGUUUCUCCUGUUACAGGCAAAACAGAGCAAUAUUCUGUCAUUACACCAAUAGAUGUAGAUGGUUCAGGAGACCAAACCCCAGACAUGUUUACUUCAUCUGCUUCUGUCAGACCGACAUCUUCAUCUCUAUCCAGCACUGAGGCACCAACAGUGCAGUCAUUUGGAACAGCAGACACACUUGAAACAGAAAAAUCUACGAUCACAUCUCGUAGUAAAGAACCAUCAGUAUCCACAGUCUCUGAUGAGAAAGUGACAAGCCCUUCAACAGUGUCUCCAAGUGUGGCUUCUGUUAUGCCAUCAAGUAUUUCAGACAUUGAGGAUGACGGUAUUAGCAGUCAGUCUACAAUGGUGGAGUCUGUUCCUUCCACCAGUGGCUCAACCUUGAAACCUGAAACAGAAUCCUUUCUCAUUACCACUGAUGCAGAGGGUUCUGGAUACAGCACUGCUGAUUCUACUGAAGGCACAAGCAUCACAGCAACCUCUGUCUCAUCAUUGUCAACUACAUUAUCACCAUCAGUCACAGCAUCACAUACAUUUGACACAAGUGAUUCCUUAAUAACAGGUGUUACUUCAGCUUCUUCACUCUACAGUACAGAGAAACCAACAUCAUUGUCUCCUUACACAAAUGAGACAAUUGCCACCAGUAAGUCUGAUGAAGCAUCAGUGACACCAUAUGAGAGUUCUUCUUUGCCAAUAACAGAUGAGGAGAUCUCAGGCGAUGAGUCAACUGAGACCUCCAGCACAGUCUCUUCGUCUGCUACAGCUUCAUCAUUGUUUAGCACUGAGAAGACGACAGCACUGCCAGAUGAGGAGCUUGAAAGUGCUCUGACAGAACAGACAGAGAGAGUCUCAGUGACUUCAAUUACAGACGAGUCAGAGGACAGCUCUGUUCUCACUCCAGAAGAUGGAAACAUAUUCAUUCAGACGUCUCCUGUGACAUCUUCUCACUACAGCUCUGGGCCAUCAACAACAAAUAUACCGAUGGCAACAGGAAGUGAAAUCUCAGAGCAGACUCUGAUGACUUCACACUCAGAACAACCAUCUGUCUCUCCACUCUCUGAUGUUACAUCAAUUUCUGUGUCUCCAAGUUUGUCCUCCGUUCCAUCCUCGACUGCUGUAGACAUGGGGGGUGAAGAUCUUAGUAGCCAGCCCUCUGUUGAUGAUUCCAUUCCUUCCAUCAGUGGAUCAACUUUGAAACCUGAAUCAACAUCCUUCUUCACUUCAACUGAUACAUACAGCUCUGGAGACCACAGUUUGGACUAUACCACCGAAUCAUUUAUUGUAUCAACCACUGUCUCCCCCAUCACCAGAAAAGAUACACCAGCAAUGACACUGUCAAUUGAGACUGAAACAAGCGAUGAGUCUGAAACAGCCAUCACUGCAGCUUCAUCGUUCUACAGUACUGAGAUACCGACAUCAGUGUCACUUGAUACUCAGGAAAAUGUGACCACAAGUAAGUCUGAGGUAGAUUCAACAACACCAGAGGAAAUUGCAACAUUUUCAACAACAGAUGAAGAGAGUUCAGGUGACCUAACAACUGAGAUCUCCAGCAAACACACCAUAAUUCCAACAGGUUCCUCAUUAUUCAGCACAGAGACGCCAGCAACAGUUUCUGUUGAGAAACAUGACAGUUCUCCCACAGAUGAAACAGGAAAAACUUCAGUUUCUGCUGUUACAGGCAAAACAGAGCAAUCUUCUGUCAUUACAACCAUAGAUGUAGAUGGUUCAGGAGACCAAACCCCAGACAUGUUUACCUCAUCUGCUUCUGUCAGACUGACAUCUUCAUCUCUAUACAGCACUGUGGUACCAACAGUGCAGUCACUUGGAACAGCAGACACACUUGAAACAGAAAAAUCUACAAUCACAUCUCAAAGUGAAGAACCAUCAGUAUCCUCGGUCUCUGAUGAGGAAGUGACAAGCCCUUCAACAGUGUCUCCAAGUGUGGCUUCUGUUAUGCUAUCAAGUAUUUCAGACAUUGAGGAUGACGGUAUUAGCAGUCAGUCUACAAUGGUGGAGUCUGUUCCUUCCAUCAGUGGCUCAACCUUGAAACCUGAAACAGAAUCCUUUCUCAUUACCACUGAUGCAGAGGGUUCUGGAUACAGCACUGCUGAUUCUACUGAAGGCACAAGCAUCACAGCAACCUCUGUCUCAUCAUUGUCAAGUACAUUAUCACCAUCAGUCACAGCAUCAAAUACAUUUGACACAAGUGAUUCCUUAAUAACAGGUGUUACUUCAGCUUCUUCACUCUACAGUACAGAGAAACCAUCAUCAUUGUCUCCUUACACAAAUGAGACAAUUGCCACCAGUAAGUCUGAUGAAGCAUCAGUGACACCAUAUGAGAGUUCUUCUUUACCAAUAACAGAUGAAGAGAUCUCAGGCGAUGAGUCAACUGAGACCUCCAGCACAGUCUCUUCGUCUGCUACAGCUUCAUCAUUGUUUAGCACUGAGAAGACGACAGCACUGCCAGAUGAGGAGCUUGAAAGUGCUCUGACAGAACAGACAGAGAGAGUCUCAAUGACUUCAAUUACAGACAAGUCAGAGGACAGCUCUGUUCUCACUCCAGAAGAUGGAAACAUAUUCAUUCAGAUGUCUCCUGUGACAUCUUCUCACUACAGCUCUGGGCCACCAAUAACAAAUAUACCGAUGGCAGCGGGAAGUGAAGUCACAGAGCAGACUCUGAUGACUUCACACUCAGAACAACCAUCUGUCUCUCCACUCUCUGAUGUUACAUCAAUUUCUGUGUCUCCAAGUUUGUCCUCCGUUCCAUCCUCGACUGCUGUAGACAUGGGGGGUGAAGAUCUUAGUAGCCAGCCCUCUGUUGAUGAUUCCAUUCCUUCCAUCAGUGGAUCAACUUUGAAACCUGAAUCAACAUCCUUUUUCACUUCAACUGAUACAUACAGCUCUGGAGACCACAGUUUGGACUAUACCACCGAAUCAUUUAUUGUAUCAACCACUGUCUCCCCCAUCACCAGAAAAGAUACACCAGCAAUGACACUGUCAAUUGAAACUGAAACAAGCGAUGAGUCUGAAACAGCCAUCACUGCAGCUUCAUCGUUCUACAGUACUGAGAUACCGACAUCAGUGUCUCUUGAUACUCAGGAAACUGUGACCACAAGUAAGUCUGAGGACGAUUCAACAUCAUUAGAUGAAAGUACAACAUUUUCAACAACAGAUGAAGAGAGUUCAGGUGACCUAACAACUGAGAUCUCCAGCAAACACACCAGAGUUCCAACAGGAUCCUCAUUAUUCAGCACAGAGACGCCAGCAACAGUUUUGGUUGAGAGACUUGACAGUUCUCCCACAAAUGAAACAGGAAAGACUUCAGUUUCUCCUGUUACAGGCAAAACAGAGCAAUAUUCUGUCAUUACACCAAUAGAUGUAGAUGGUUCAGGAGACCAAACCCCAGACAUGUUUACCUCAUCUGCUUCUGUCAGACCAACAUCUUCAUCUCUAUACAGCACUGAGGCACCAACAGUGCAGUCACUUGGAACAGUAGACACACUUGAAACAGAAAAAUCUACGAUCACAUCUCGUAGUGAAGAACCAUCAGUAUCCACAGUCUCUGAUGAGAAAGUGACAAGCCCUUCAACAGUGUCUCCAAGUGUGGCUUCUGUUAUGCCAUCGAGUAUUUCAGACAUUGAGGAUGACGGUAUUAGCAGUCAGUCUACAAUGGUGGAGUCUGUUCCUUCCAUCAGUGGCUCAACCUUGAAAUCUGAAACAGAAUCAUUUUUCAUUACCACUGAUGCAGAGAGUUCAGGAGACAGCACUGCUAAUUCCAAUAAAAUGUCAACAUCAACAGCUAUUUCAUCAACCUUCACCACAGAAUCAGUCUCAGUCACAGCAUCACACAUAUUUGACACAAAUGAGACCUCAAUGACAGCUUCUUCUGUUGUCAUCAAAGAGUCCUAUAGUGACUCAACUCAAGUACAGCCAGAUGAGGACGUCUACUAUAGUGGUAGCACAGAUUUCACAUCAGUUGAAUCUUCACCAAGCUUUUUGAAAGAAACUUUAAAGCCUACUAGCGCACCGUUUACCACUGACUUGAGUUCAUUGUUCACUGAUCAAGAGGAUUCAGCUGAUGUUUCCACCUCUCCUGAGAUUCCUGUCCAAACAACAGCAAGCACAGCUACUCCCAAGUCUUCUAUGUUUAGCACACAGAGGCCAAUAUUUACAACAUCACCAAAAACUGAAACAACAGAGGUCUUAAAAUCUCAAGUAACAGUGGCUUCUUCUCUCUUCAGUACAGAGAAAUUAACAUCAGUGCCACCAACUGCUUCCAGCCAACCUCACAGCCAAUAUGCAUUCUCUACAGCAGCAGAUGAAAGCCAGGUAGCUUUGACUCAGAGCACAUCACAGCAUGAUGUUGAAUCAUCAACCAAGUCCUCAUCUGAUUUCAUGUCUACAGAAGCUAUCCAAAUAUCUGCCACAACUGAGCUAAUGACAUCAUCAGUGUCUGACUCAGAAAGUGUGGAUUUCACUGAAACAGGGUACUCAGGAGAUGGCAUAUCUGCAUACACAGUUGAAACUUCCAUAGAGACACAAACAAUGGCUAAGGGACCCUCUCUGGUAUUAACAGCAUUAUCAACAAACACACAUAUUCCACCAAGUACAUCCCUAUUUUCUGAGGAAGCAACUUCAAGCAGUAGAGAAUUUGCAACUUCCACACCAAGUCCCUACACACUUGAAACCUCUCAACCUAUACCAAUUUGCAGAUUCACUGCAUUUACUACUGAGGAACCCUUUCCUGAUCCUGACAGGGAGAGCUCUGGUGGCUUCCCUGAAGAAGAUGAUUUGGAGUCAAGUCCAGAUGGAUCUGGUGCAGAGGUACCUAUUGAGACUACUAAAAAUCCCCAGGAUGAUUUUAGUGUUGCAACAGAUGAGACUGAAAUAGAUGAGACUAAGAGCACCACUACACAUGUUACCGAAGAAAUUAUGUCAUCAACCCAAUCUCCACACAUGACCACGACUGAGAGUUUCAUUACUGAGCAGGGCAGUGGAGUCUUCCCAGAUGAUUCUGCAGUUGAGGAUGAGGGUUCAGGCACCAACUUCAAUGUGUCAGCUACAUUUGUACCAGUCACAAGUUCUCCUGUGAUUUCCAUGACUCUAGCAGCUAUAGAACAAACUGACUUCACUCACAAAAUUAUUACAGAAAACCCCGAUACCUCCACAACUUCUUCUCUUUACAGCACUAAGAAACCAACAGCUGAAUCUCCUGAAACACUCACUUCAAAAGCGCCAACUUUGAGUAGUGCUCCUCCCUCAAUAUUUACUGAAGAAGGUGGUUCAGGUAACCAUACCACUGACAUAUUUACUAAAGUACAUGGUGCAGACUUUCUUAUGCUCAGCACAAUGAAACCAACAACAGCAACAACUCAUACAAGUGAAUCUACCAACACCACAAGGAGUAUAGCCUCUUCCCUUUUCAGUACAGAGAAACCUAAAACAACAACAGCAUUAUAUGAAAGUAGAACAUCUGGUACUGCAAAAUCUACUGUAACUGCAGCUUCUUCUCUCCAAAGCUCUGAAAGGCCAUCCAUUACAACAGAAUAUGCUUUUAUUGACACAUACCUGUCGACCACUGAUGAACCAGCAUUAAGUUCCAGUUUUACUUUGACAGAGGGAGAAAGUUCUGGUAACCAAACCAGUGAGUUGUUCACCUCAGAGCCAGCGGUGAUGCAAAGUGUCACAUUUGGAGAAGCGACAGGUGAAACUGAAACCUUUGUUUCAGUUGCACCAACCUCUGAUGAGCAGACUUCUUCACAAGAGAGUGAAAUUACUCUAGAUACAGGAAGCCCCAUUACUUCUGAAGCAACAGAGCAUCCUGUGACAAGCACUGGAAAAGAUGAAGUUGCUGUGGCAGAGCACAUAACACAAUCCUCCUAUACAGCGAUGUCCUCCCAUGCAACUGAAGCUUCAGUUAGUGAUCACACUGUUGUUGACUUUACCUCAACGAGCUCCAGUAGUGAACAUAGACAAGAUGAAGUUGCAUCAAUGUCCACUCCAAUUCCCACCAUUUUAUACCACAGUGUUACUGAUCAACAGGUUGUGAUCAUUACUCCCAGUAGCAGCCAAGCCAAUACAGACCUAACUGAACAAACACCUACCAUGGUCCUGCAUGGAUCUAAACCUUCAACCAGCACAUCCAUCAUAUUCACAGAGGGGCUAAAAGAUGAAGAAGAACUGUUUUCUGUAGCUUCAGACCUCAUGAAGGAAGACAGUCCCACUCCUGAGCUUAUCACCAUCGAUGAUAGAAUCAUUGAUGCAGAUGCUGUCUCAAUAGUUCCUUCUUCUUCAUUUUACCCAACCAUACAGACAGAAGAAGCUGGAGGUGUCACAGCAAUUACAAUGACACAAGGGUUGGAGGUAGCAGAAGAACCAGAGGGUUCAGGGACUGUUAGUGGCACCUUCCUCACUCCUACACAAAUAACUGCACAUGCAACUUCAGCGACUGGCUCAUCUUUAGCCUCAACAGCUUCACUAUCGCCUUCAAAAUCAUCACCUGUAGAAGGGGUUUCUACAAUAAAGUCAUCCAGUGAGGAGAAAGUCACAUUGUCACCACAGGCCACUCUAGCUACUGCCGUGUCUGCGAAGUCAAGCUCUGAAGAAAUCUUUGAUUUAACAACACCACAUACAAUUGUCUUUAUUGAGACUCAUACCAAACCAGACCCAGAGCUACCACAUGAUGAUUUGACUUUGGCUUCACAUACAUUAACAGCUGACAGAAGUUUUGUCACUCCAGUGUCCAGCGAGGAAUACAUGUCUAGCACUGCUGAAGAAGAAAAGUCCUUGACCUCCUCACCCACUGCCAUAACUACCACAGCCCAAACAACCACAGCUCAUGUCAUAAGUGAUGAAAUUUCAAGCUCAUCCAUUUUGACACAAACCACGGAACCUUCAGUUACUGUCAUGGUAUAUACACCAGUUUCCACUGAACUUGGCACAGUGAAAGCAACCAGUAAAGCAGCCGAUGAUGGUCAUCACUCUUCGGUGGAAACUUUGGAGAAAAUUUCAGCAUCCUCUGUGGAUGGAUGGACAGCAUCUGAAAUCCCAGUAACCUCUACAGUUUCUUCAAUGUUUAGUACAGUGACAGAGCCUGUGACACAGACAGCGGCUCCUCUACACAGUACAAUGAAAGUUGACCAAAUGCCAUCCACAGCAACAGUAUAUCCUUCCUACCACACUGAUAAAAUUUCAAUGGCAAGUAUCACAGAUGUUGCAGGUAUGGAAGGCUCUGGUGAUACUACAACUGAACUGUCUGAUUCAGUGACAUCUGAAACUGCUGAAACUCCAGUAUCCUUUCUGUUCAGCACAGACAAGCCCACUACAGUCACACAAAAGGAUGACAGUGAAACCACAGAUACAGAGAAAUUAUCAUUGUCAGAAUCCGUUUCAUUCCCUACCACAGGAGCAAUGUCAACCACAGCACAUGAAGAAUCCACCUUUAUGUCCACAGUUCCCUCUCCUCAAAGCACCACAGAACUUGAGGUCAUGGUUCAGUUUGCCACCACUUUUGCCCCAGAACCAGAUGCAACACAAUCUGAAAUGACCUUCCAACAGGCCAGAUCUGAGAUUACAUUCACUCAUCAUCCCCACAGUGACAUAUCCUCUGAGACAGCUGUGUUAGCCACAACCAGCCCAAUGUUACCUACUGAGGAGUCAAGCCAGGACUUAAACCCUAGUGAUACAGCUGAAGCACCAAGUCGAGCAUCUGUGACCAAAGAAGUUUCAACUGAUGCUGAACGUGGCUCGGACAGACACGGUGACAAUCAGGAAAUGUCUACUUCACCUCCUAUGAGAAUAGGCACACAGCCUUCUGAGGUUGAGUUGAUGACUCCAAAACUAGCUACUGACAAAUCUGUCAAACCUGAAGAUGAAGCUGUAAUUGCUGAGACAACAUCUUCCAGAGUCUCAAACUCAGUAGAAACAUCGGCACAGAGUUCAAGUGAACAGACUCUAGAGGAAAGAUCUUCUUCACCUUCAGUACAAGCAAAAAAUACUCCAUCUCCAACUGUGUCUUCACUAUUUAGCACUGAGACUCCACGGGUGGCUUCCACCUCAGAUGUUACUGAACAAGAGGCCUCUAAAGGGUGGAUAACUGGAUUUCCUCUUGAUCCUUCUCACUCAACCACUGAGAAAUUAACCUCAGUGUUACUGGAGACCUACACUUCAACUGAUCAAGAAGGCUCAAGUUACAAUGAGACAUCAUCAGAGAGUGAGGAAAUCACUACAUCAACAGAAAAAAAUCCAAUAAUUUCAACAGAUGAGGAUGGUUCAGGUGAAAAGGUGUCUAGUACCUUUGGUUCUGGCUCUGUCACUCCAAGUGUUUCAAUUCUGUCCAGUACUGUUAAGAUGAACAUUAUCACUAGCACUUCAUCGUCUCAGAUGGCAAGCACCCAAACCAAGAAGCCACAAUCAUCUACACUUGAACAAACCACAGGUCAGAAGUCACAUGAGACCUUCAUCGCUCAAGCUUAUGCAACACAAUCAACUGAUAUGACCAGCUUAGUUGAAUCACCAAAGGCAUCAACUUCUGUUGAGUCAGGACCAACAGAUCCUAAAAAUGAGGAGACACAAGAUGCAGACUUAACAAGCACCCAUCAACCCACUGGUGUUACAGGGCCUGCAGAAAUCUCUGCAAGCUCAGAGACAAAAAUAUUGGUCACCACAGUACCUGCUGAACACAUUUCCUCUGAGAUCAUUUCAAAUGUGCUCUUAGCAACAGCAUCAUCAUCAUCACAGCCUGAUGUUACGGUCCAGUUUGACACAACUGUGUCUCCUGUACAACCCCUAACAACCUUCCAGGAAUCAUUUGAGCAAGUCAAGUCAGAGAUCACACUAACACACCGCCCUCACACUGAUCUUUCUUCUCAGGAUGUAUUGCAGUCCACAACUCAUCCUAUGCUUCCAAGUCAUGAAACAAGCCAAGAUUCAAACUCAACAGCUGUACCUGCUGCUGAUUCUUCAGAGGACAGUAAUCAUGUCUCGAGUGGUGAGGGUACUGACCUUUCUCCAGAUACAGAUGUCCAAACCUUUCUACCUGACGAUUAUGAUGAUGACCCAGAUUAUGGAUCACCAGACCCCCAUAGAGUUGAAUCAAAACCUAACCCCGAUGUAAUGCCAGACAGAGAUGUAGUGGUCAUUACUACACCACCUGAUGUUUCUCCAACAUCUGAGAAUCCACCUUUUAAUUCAAUGAACAGUUCUGAAAGUGGUUCAGAAGAAAAUGCAACCAAGCCUCCUGUGGUAGCAGCAGCGAUCACUGUCAUGGCAUUAACUCCCAUCAAUACAGCAUCAAUCUCUAGCUCUGAGAGUGGUUCAGAAAGCACCAGCAGCUCAGAAGAAAGCACUGCCACAGCAAGCACUGUUAAACCGGAUGGUGAUGAGGUUGAGGAAAAUGGGCCUGUCAGUUCUGACACUGUAUCUGUUAGCUCUGAUAGUGUAUCCGGUGAAUUUAUGACUACAGAGAUACCAAAUAUCAACAGUAUGGGACAACAGACUCUGUCCAAAGAUGAAAUUCAGACUGUAUUCAAGGUGAAUGCCACAGCAUCUUCAAAGAUGGAGUCUGCUAGUGCUGAUAGCACCACUGAGGAAGAGGAAGUUGUGAGCAAAAUUAACACAGGUGUUUCUCUUCACACUGAAAGACCCCUAAGGACCAUUACAGAGUUCACAACAUCACCAGCUCAAGCACAGAGCCAGUUAGUGUUAGUUACACCUGUAGCCACCACACCAUUAUCUGUUACAAAAGAAGACGAUGAACUGGACAGUGAUUCAACGGCACCUUCAUCUAAUGUUGAAGGAAAACCACCAAUAAAAGCGGACACAACAACUGCCUCUCCUGAUACAAGACUUGAUUUGGGCCACACUGUUGUCGGCGAGACUGUUGAAAUUCCUGGAAUCCACUCAUGUACUGAGAACAUUUGUUUGAAUGGAGGAUCUUGCUUCAAGACUGGCAGUGUCCAAGCAUGUAGCUGUGCUCCUGGUUACACUGGUGAUAGAUGUGAAACAGAUAUUGAUGAGUGUCAAACAAACCCCUGCCGCAAUGGAGGAACAUGCGUUGAUGGGGUGGCUUUCUUCACAUGUGUGUGCCUCCCAAGCUAUUCUGGGCUGUACUGCGAGGAAGAUACAGAAAACUGUGACUAUGGCUGGCAUAAGUUUCAGGGGCACUGCUACAAGUACUUCCCCCAGAGGAGAAACUGGGACACAGCAGAGAGAGAGUGCCGCAUGCAGGGCGCUCAUCUUGCCAGCAUCUUGUCUCAUGAGGAGCAACAGUUUGUCAACCGUCUUGGACAGGACUACCAGUGGAUUGGCCUGAAUGAUAAGAUGUUUGACAGUGACUUCCGCUGGACUGAUGGCAGCACUAUGCAAUAUGAAAACUGGAGACCCAACCAGCCUGACAGUUUCUUCUCUUCUGGCGAGGACUGUGUGGUGAUGAUAUGGCAUGAGGACGGCCAGUGGAAUGAUGUUCCUUGCAACUAUCACCUCACCUUCACCUGCAAAAAGGGCACAGUGGCCUGUAGUCAACCUCCUUUGGUGGAGAAUGCUCGUACGUUUGGUAAAAAGCGUGACAGGUAUGAGAUUAACUCACUGUUGAGGUACCAGUGCCGGACAGGCUUUAUUCAGAGGCAUGUCCCAACUAUCCGCUGUCGUGGGGACGGACAGUGGGAUAGCCCUAAAAUCACCUGCAUGAACCCAUCGAGCUAUCAAAGGACCUUUAUCAGAAGACAUCAGCACAAUAGUCUUUACAGCGUCAACAACUUCAAAAAAUGGCAAGAUGAGGCCUUCCGCUUUCACCAUCAGCGCUACCGGUCAAGGAGAGACAGAACUGAAAAUAAGCGGAAGAGACAGUGAUUGCCGAAAAACAUGGCAGAGCUUCCCAGAGACGAGAACGCAUGCCUGAUGAUUGUGUGGAGAGAUGAAAAGGAAAAAAAGCACAAAAGAAAACUCAUCAAGAAACCAAGAGGAUAAUCUGCAGUUUUCUUGCAUUUUGGAUAACGAUGGAAUCUUAUGAAGUGCCUUUUAUGGAGAUGUUGACUUUUCUUAUCAAGGGCACUGUUUCACAACAAUGUCAAUGAGGAUUCAGAAACCUUUCAGCUGGCUACUGGAAAAGAAAAAAAAAUACUGUCGUCAUUUUUUUUUACAUUAAUUACUGUUGUUUAAUACCUUUAUACACCAGCUGUGCUAUUUAAAAUCACUGCAAGUGUCCCUUAUUCCUAGAAAGAAAACUGUUGUGAAAUUAUAGCGCUUAUGUUAUGUAAAGAAUUCAUUUAUGUUGUCAUGCUGUUUUAAGCUGGACUUCCUUUUAAUGAGCAUGCAUGCAUAUGCAUUAACAAUGAAGUCCUCAAACUUUUAACUGUUUAUUGUUCGUCAAGAGAUCCAAGUUUGGCUUCUCAGAGCACAAACGGAGGUGAUCACGCAAAGGGCUCAUACUGUAGUUUAUAUUAUUUAAACAUUGUAUCGCAUACAUAAAACUAUAAACUUUUAUACAGAUUCUUUCUCCAGUCUUCAAUCCUAAUCAACAGAGGCACCAAUCAUAUGCUGAAACAUGGUUUCAUAGCUUUGCUUUUGGUAGUAAUUCAGAUUCCGGAUGAAUAAUUCGCCCAAGUUUGAAGCUUCAGCAAAUCAAUCAGUCAUCAGCUGGAGGCUUUCUUUGUGGUGGCAGCUUUCAAAAUACAAAUGUCCACCUUUCAUCCUCUCCUGCUUUCAUUGGAUGUAAUCGAUGUCACGUUUAAUAUUUACAGAGAGAUUUCUACAGAGAGAAUCUUUAAAAUGUCAUUUCCUUUGUAUGGUACAAUUUAACAUGACAGAUUGCUCUCUAAGUACUUAUCGACAAUGAAUUUAUCCACAGAUGGAAAUUGAUCCAUGAACUAUUUUAAAAUGAAAGAAGGGAAGUGUGGCUCAAGUAGCCUGUAUUUUCUGCUCAUGUAUGUUCAGUGCAUAACUUACAAGUAGUUGCUGCAGCGUGUUUACAAUAACUGCAGUGCUGUUCGUAGUCUCACACCAAAGAAUCUUGCUCUCAUAUGUUGUGCUGUAGCCUUUGAUAGUUUUCUAACUAAUGAUCGUCUUCACUGAACUUUUGUGUUAUUGUAGUCUAUCAAAAUCACACAUUGAGAGAAUGUAUUUUGUGAAACACUCAAAAAGACUUGAACGUAACAGCUGUUUAGGCAGACAUGCAUAUAAUUUAUUUUCAAGCUGCUCUUGAUCUCCUUACUUGUUUCAUACUGAAAGGUAAAAUAUGAUGCUGUCACUUGGCUCAGCAGUGCUCUUCAUAUAUAUGUUAUGGUAUGUUCAACAGGAGACCAGCCACACUCACAGACUGUCUAAAUGGGAUGCAUUAAGGACGAAAAAUUACUCAAUAUGCAAGACAUCAAUUUAUUUUUUUUAUUUUUUACAUCUUUAAUGACAACAGUGGACCAAAGAACAUGGAGGGCCACUUCAGCAAUAGUCUGCAAUAAUUUUGCUCUGAAACAUUAACAAAACAUUUGUGGAUGGUAACAUAUUUCUCCAACAUUUUUUUUUUUUUUUAAUGGGGAAAUGUUUUGUUGUGCCUGUGAAUGUCUGUGUGUUUUUUUAGCCCUAAUGUGCACAUAAUAUCAUUUUAUAUUUAUAACAGUUUUUUAAAUUGUAUUUUACAAUGUGAAUGUCUGGGAUGUUUGUGAAUUAUUUUUUGAAAAAGAUCAAACUGUUUUUUUUUCCUGUUUUAAAUCACCAAAGAAAUAAAAAUAAAUAUAUGGUUAUUAUAUACUUAAAAGCAUUUAA